AUGGCCAUGCCCAACGCCCCACUCGGCCGCCACGCUGGUCGCCAGCCAGGUGGAUACCUCAUCCGUGCGCAACCAGGCCUCCACCCCGCCACGAACACCUUCCCCCGCCCCGAGCCGUUUUCCUGGGGCGACUGCUACCUCGCCAUGGCCUGCCUGAGGGCGGCAUCGGGGGGCACCCAUCGUGCGGUUCGCGUCGCGUCCCAGCACGCGUCUGACCUCGAACUGGCCUCGAUCCGCUACCCCUUUGCCGCAUCUCUCCGCUGGGUUCGAAAGACGUUCGAGAUCUUCCAGCAGGGUGGGGCGCGCGGUCAACUGGCUCCUCUCGCGAUCGGCACACUCUGGCGCCUCUGUGACCCCGCUCUCCUCGUCGCCUACUUUGACGCUGGAAACGCUCCGCUGGUCCGCUGGGCCUACUUCGAUCUCGGCGUCACCGACAUCAGCACAAUCGUUGACGUCAUUGAGGGCCUCGCCCGCAUCAACGAGCAGGCCAACCUCCUCAUGUUCCGUCUUCACGAGUCGCUCCGUCCCUGGGGCAAGCACUUUGGCUUUGGCCUGGCCACCGUGCCAACCAACAACCCCGCCAACACAAACCUCAAUGCGCACCUGGGUGUGGGCGGCAACGACGGCAAGGAUGACGACGACGUCGACGAGAUGGCAGGCGGAGACAUCCUGAGGCGCAACGACGUGUUCCACGAGUUUGAGGAGCUCGUCUAUAACUUCCAGGACUGA